AAUAAUGUCGUUAUCAGUCGUUGACCGGCAUUCGAUGAGACCGGUUUGUGUCGUGUGCUUUUUAUAUUAAAAUGUUAUACUUCUAAUAACUUGUCUAUUUAAUUUAUUAAAAUAGUUAUUGUAAAUUAAGAGUGAAAGGAUCCACAACAUGGUGUCAGGUGUGAAUUUAAUUGUCUUAAAACGAUUAAUUACGUGCUAAAUUAAUGUAAUUUAAAUAAUUGUGGUGUUUUUUUAAAAAAAAAAAAAAAAAACUGAAAGUGUUAGUGUCUUAAAAACAAUGGAGUGUAAAAUUCCAAAAAACUUAAGUUUAGACGGAAAUUUGGCGGUGAAUUGGAGAAGAUUUUACCAACAAUUUGAAAUAUUCCUCUUAGCAUCAGGCAGUUAUGAAAAACCAGAUGAGGUAAAAAUAGCUAUUUUGUUAAAUGUUGCUGGCGAGAAGUUAGUUGACAUUUACAAUACAUUCACCUUUGACCGGCGAACAAAGAGAACGUAUGAUAACGUAAUAACUUUGUUUAAAAAUCAUUUCGAACCAAAAAAAAACAUUAUAUUCGAACGAUUUAAAUUUUAUUCUUGUAACCAAGAACCGGACCAGUCCAUUGGUGAAUAUGUCACAAAAUUAAGAACAUUGGCAUCGAGCUGUGAAUUCAGUGAAACUGAAAAUAUGGUUAGAGACAAAUUGAUUAUUGGUAUAAAUCAGUUGGAAAUAAAAGAAAAGCUGUUACACGAAUCUGAUGUGACAUUAGAGAAGGCGAUUGAUAUAGCAAAAAAAUGGGUAGCAACCAAAGAACAAAUUAAUGAAAUGUUUAGUGCUACUAGAGAGUUAAACACGCACAGUAUAGUAAAAAAACACGCUGAUUUCUCUAACAGAAAACAAACUACCGAGGGCCAAGAUAUUCAAAAUAAACGGACUGUUCAAACCAAAUGUGAAUUAACCUAUGAUUGUUUUAAAUGUGGUCGAAAUCAUAGUCGGAGAAAUUGUCCAGCUUUUAACAAAAUAUGCGCAUUUUGUAAACAAAAAAAUCAUUUCAAAAUAGGCUGUAAGCAAUAUAAAAUAAGUCAACGGGAAGAAAAAGAAGAAAAACCAGGUAAUGUUGAUAUUCAUGUUUGCGAGACGAAUGAAGGCGAUGAAGAAAAACAUUUUCUGGAUUCGGUCUCAUGCAUGUUAGAAAAUGAAACGGAAUGGACACAAAGGAUAAUCGUAGAAG